AUGCGAGUGAGUAAGGACACCGUGCGUGAGCAGCACUUGAUUGGCACGUUUACACGUCGGCGGAAGAAAGAAUAUGACUACAACCACUUUUCGAGGAAACUUUUCAACUUGAUCAAAAGAGCCAAGAAUGUUCAGUCACCCAAACAAAACUCAGAAUGUAACACUUCUCAGACUCGGUCACAAUGUGACGGUCAAGACUGUGAUGCUGUCAAGGGGAGUGGAUCCUCAUGUGAUGUAAAAAGCCCCGGACCUAACGAGGUAUCUUACUCUGAGUCUUCGUGUGCUGAAAACAGUAGUUCUCCAACGGCAAAUGAGACCAACCCUGUCCGUGCUACCACAGACAUUCAGAACCCAGAUCCCCGACCAUGUACGGAAGACACAGUGGACGAUAGAAACAUCGCCUUCAAUAUCAUGUCACCUGAAUAUCCCACCAAAUCAUCUCAGAUAAGUCAAACAGACCAACCUGAAGUUGGCACAUCGGAGUCGUACUCACAUGUACCUGCAGCAGUUCCUGGUGAGCCAGAUCGUAUCAAACUAGACAAGGAGGAGACAUCAAACUCUGCACCGUCGGGGAUAGAGGUCCAAUCGUUGGGCUUAUCACCUAAACCCAGGCAAGAUACAACGACAAACACCGAGCAAACAACACCAUCUAUUAAGAAAGUAACGGAAUAUCAUGGAUCACCGACCUAUCCGGUCCUCGGAUCAAGAACAACCAGCGGUGAAGCAGAUGCAAUCAAAGGGAAUGACUGUCCAGACAUGACCAACAUACUCCUAUUGAGAUCCGGUGACGUAGAACAAAACCCUGGUCCGUAUGAUAAUCUUGGAAGUCUGACCGAGAUUGAGCUCUAUCUCCUUGCUGAAGGUAUGGAUCCCUCAGAAUUCAGAAAUGUCGGAAUAGCUUUAGGAUUCACUGAGGCUCAACUAAAUCAGUUUGAGAAAGACAAGCUUGGCAACUCCAUGCAAGCUUCCUAUCAGAUGCUUUACGAAUGGCGGAAGACAGUACGUGAAAGCAAGGCGAGGGACAUACUUGUCAACAAGUUAGAGAGCAUUAAGCUCGUUAAACUUGCUGAUAGUGUACGAAAAGGUCAGGUCGGUGAUGACAUACCGUCAAUGACACAGGAGGAAAUCAAGCGGGUUGCUGAAGAUGUCAAACGCUAUUUGACAAUUCACCUCUGUCAGAUUCAAGCCGAUCCACUGAACAGCGAGCUUCUACUUAAAUUUGAACGGAUCUUCACCAAUCUAACGUUGAUGGAAGAAGACAAAGGUACCAAGCACAAGACACCGCUUCUUUACGACGACCUCCUCAGGACCGAAGUCAACGGAAUCUAUCCUAAACGCUUGUUGGUGGAAGGUGAAGGUGGUGUGGGGAAGACCACUCUUUGCGCCAAGAUUGCUUGGGAUUGGAUCCACGGAAAAGGAUACCAAGAUUUCAAACUUUUCCUUGUCGUCCUCUUUCGCGAGGCAAAGGACAAGACUGUUGGAGAGGUAGUGAAGUCGUAUCUCCCAGAUGACAAUCCCGUCACAGCCAAGCAGCUAGACAAGUACAUCCUCUCAAAUCCGAAAGACGUCUUUCUUGUCCUGGAUGGCCUUGAUGAGUUUGGUGUCGAUCUUAACAGCUUUCAACAAAUCGCCCUGAUCACUCUCAAUCGGCUGUUCAAAUCAGGCACAGUACUAAUCACAUCACGGCAAUGGAGAUCAGAUGAGAUUAGGAAGAAUGCCUUUCUCAGAAAGGUGUUUGCCUUCAUUGCUGUAGAAGGUUUCUCUACGGAAAACCUCUCUUCUUACAUCACCAAGUUCUUUCAUCCUGACACAGCAUCCGCUGAAGAUCUGAACCGAUUCAUAUCAAACAACGAUGUGAUCAGAGAGAACAUGGCCCCCUACCCCAUAUACACAGCCAUGCUGUGCAUCAUGUGGAAAGACUAUGAUGGAGAGCGCCGACAGGCAAUGUCCAAGCUGCAAACAUUCUCCCAGCUAUUUGAUGAGAUGCUUCAAUUUUUGGUUGACCAUUACCUCUCCAAGCUCGCUGUGCCCUCAGCAGAUGCUGAUGGAGAAUUGGAUGAAAAUCGCUCGAAAAUUCUUCAUCAUGUAAUUCACAUUGGUUGUGUUGCCUUCCAGGGUCUUCUCGAGAGACGGUUGAUGUUCAGAGAAGAAGAGUUUCAGAGCUGUCCGGGGUCUGUGGAUACAGGUUGUAAAGUUGGGGUACUUACUAAAGAAAAGCAUAUUCCUUCGAGGAGAGACAGAAAACAUCAUUCCCAAUCUGCAGUCUUAGCUGUGCAGUUUACACAUAAGCUCUUCCAGGAGUAUCUAUCUGGAAUGUAUCUUGCAUCUCUUUACAACUCAAACCGUAAUGAGUAUGACAGGUUGAUAGCGAAUAUCAUAACGGAAGCACAGGAAUACCGGUACCUACUGUACUUCACCUCGGCCAAGCAGAAGGAGGUCGGCUUGGAUAUCGUAUCUCGUCUCAUAGCGCCGACAAGAGAGUUUACAUAUCGCCGUAUUGAUGAUGACUUCAUCGUAGAUGUAGCAUACGAGAGCCAAGACCAAGCAGUGGCCAAAGCAGUGGCGGAGCAUCUCUCCUCUAAAUCCAGCAAGACACUGAAGAUCACCGAGGAGAUGCAUGCACACACAGUAUCAGGGCAAAUUUUCAUCAUGAAUCAUCGUGAAGUGGUUCACCUGAAUAUUGGGAAGCCAUGUGGACGGACGGCUUCAGAGGACCUGGCUGAAUUCAUGUGCACAUCACGAUCACUGAGAUCUGUGAAGAUCAAAACUACUAUGCAUGAUGUCUUCUACUCGGUGCUUGCGAAUGAAGCAGUCGAUUCCAAGCCUGAUAUGCCAAUGUGGGGAGGUCUAGUGAAAUUACCAAAUCAUAUAUGCCCAGGAAAUAAAUCCUCUCCUUUCUGA